CUCCACCCAUCACCAGCUCUAGUUUCGAUCGGUCUCGAGCCCUCGACGUGGUAGCUUCUCGCCCAUUCGCGCACCUUGUUUCGCUCUCUUUUUCUUGCUUCUGUUCAGAUAAAGAGAAACCAUUUCUCCAACCACAUAUCUCCUUGAUCUCCUAAUAUCUUUCCUCUGCGUUAAACCCAUUCCAAGUCCUCCAUGGGAGACGCCUCUUCCGGGGCGCUAGUGCCGUCGGUGAAAUUGGAGGAAAGACAACCACAGACUUUCCCCCCGCCGGCUUCGGUGCCGGCUGCGGCGGUGUCGACAUCCGAGAUGACAGAGACGGCGGUGGCGACGGCGACGGCGGCGGCGGCGGCGGCUACGGUAACGGCUGAAGAAGCUGAGCUUGAUAAGGAUUUGCUAUGCCCGAUCUGCAUGGGGACGAUCAAGGACGCUUUUCUGACGUCGUGCGGGCAUAGCUUCUGCUAUAUGUGUAUCGUCACCCAUCUUCAGAACAAGAGCGACUGCCCUUGUUGCUCGCAUUACCUCACGAAGAAUCUCCUCUACCCUAAUUUCCUACUAAACAAGCUCCUGAAAAGGAUGGCCGCUCGCCAAAUUGAGAAAACUGCAUCACCAGUUGAGCAUCUUCGUCUAGCAUUGCAACAGAAAGAUUGUGAAAUAUCAGUUAAAGAGCUAGAUAACCUGUUGUCUCUCUUGACUGAGAAAAAGAGGAAAAUGGAGCAACAAGAAGCAGAGACUAACAUGCAGAUUUUACUGGACUUUCUGUACUGCCUUAGGAAACAGAAGCUGGAUAAAUUAAAUGAGGUUCAAACGGAUCUUCAGUAUAUCAAAGAAGACAUAAAUGCCGUAGAGAAACACAGGGUAGAUUUAUAUCGUGCAAGAGAACGGUAUUCUGUUAAAUUACGAAUGCUUCCAGAUGAUCCUGCUGCAUCAAAUUUGUGGCCUUCUACAGUUGAUAGGCAUAACAAUGUCCUAGUAUCCAGUGCUCGUAGUCCUUAUGGGGUAGCUUGCUCUGGAGUGUUUCAAGGUAAGAAAGUUGAUAUGAAGGUUCAAGGAAACUUUCCAUCCCAGCCAAGGAAAGAUGCCUUUAGUGGUUCAGACACUCAACUUUCUCUUAAUCAAUCGGGACUUAUUGUUGCUAGAAAGAGGCGAAUAAAUGCACAGUUUAAUGAGCUCCAAGAAUGCUACUUGCAAAAGAGGCGUCAUGGAGCUAGCCAACUCAGUAGGCAGGGAGAAAGAGAUGAAAAUCCAAUCAACAGAGAAGCGUAUCAUGCUGGUCUUCAGGAUUUUCAGUCUGUGUUGACGACAUUUACUCGCUAUAGCCGGUUGCGUGUGAUUGCAGAGGUUAGACAUGGAGAUCUGUUUCACUCUGCAAAUAUAGUUUCUAGCAUAGAAUUUGACCGUGAUGAUGAAUUGUUUGCUACAGCUGGCGUUUCCAAAUGCAUUAAAGUUUUUGACUACGCUGCAGUUGUUAAUGAACCAGCUGAUGUACACUGCCCUGUUGUAGAAAUGUCCACACGUUUCAAACUUAGUUGCUUGAGUUGGAAUAAGUACUCAAAGAACAUCAUUGCAAGUAGUGACUAUGAAGGAACUGUAACUGUUUGGGACGUAAAUACACGCCAGAGUGUCAUGGAGUAUGAAGAACAUGAAAAGAGAGCAUGGAGUGUUGACUUUUCACGUACAGAGCCAUCAAUGCUUGUUUCCGGAAGCGAUGAUUACAAGGUAAAGGUUUGGUGCACAAAGCAAGAAGCAAGUGUUUUUAAUAUUGACAUGAAAGCAAAUAUUUGUUGCGUGAAAUACAAUCCCGGUUCAAGCAUUUAUGUGGCGGUGGGUUCUGCAGACCAUAGUAUUCACUAUUUUGAUUUGAGAAAGACUAGUACACCAGUACAUGUUUUCAGAGGACACAGAAAGGCUGUUUCAUACGUGAAAUUUUUAUCUACUAAUGAGCUUGCAUCGGCCUCAACUGACAGCACAUUGCGCUUGUGGGAUGUAAAGGAUAACACGGCAGUGAGAACUUUCAGAGGCCACACCAACGAGAAGAAUUUUGUUGGUCUUACAGUAAACAAUGAGUACAUUGCUUGCGGAAGUGAAACAAAUGAUGUUUUUGUAUAUCACAAGGCCAUUUCCAAGCCAGCAGCCUGGCAUAGAUUAGGCUCCCCUGACCUUGACGACACAGAUGAUGACCCCGGAUCAUAUUUCAUCAGUGCUGUUUGCUGGAAGAGUGAUAGCCCUACAAUGCUGGCAGCCAACAGUCAAGGCACUAUCAAAGUCCUUGUGCUAGCGGCUUGAGGUCCAAUAAUUUCCCCCAAACAAUCAUAUUAUGUGCAUUACAAUAGCCUAUGGAGAUCAUUUUUUUUUUUUGGGCUGUUAAAUAUUAUGUUAUUUGGAUAGCCCUGCUCCUAGCUAACAUUUCUUGGUGAAAUCCCUUAGCAAGCUCAUUGCUUUUUCACCUUCAGUCCAGCAAACUAGCUGGAAGAUUGGUUUCCAGCACAUGAAAAACUGGGCUGGUGGCCUGCGAUUUUCUUCUUCGGGGGUACUUAGUACUAGAACUUUCUUUCUGAGAAAGAAAAAUUGUUUAUAGUAUUGCUUGUAUAUGUGUGUUUUUGGGAAAAUUAUUAGGUGCGAGGAUGUAGAGAUACGUCCAUACUUCCACUUAAAAUGUGACACGUGGAGUGCGCUUUAGUUGCAUUUUAAUUGCUCUUUAACUACUCUUUUGUUGCGCUUUGGUUGCGCUUUGGCUGCGCUUGGCUUAAAGUUUCGCUGACACAUUAAAUAUAUAAAGUACCUCAACGUGUCAAAAAUUUAUUGGAAUCCGGAUGUAUCUCUAGGUCCAGUGUCCGCACCUAAUAAUUUUCCGUGUUUUUUGGGUGCCAACGCUAUGAUAGGAGGUUUUCUCGUACAUAUGGAUCUGCAGAAGGAUGAUAACCGGCACAGGAAAGAGUUUGGAAGUGGUUCUCAUUGCUGGCAAGUACAUACAUUUGUGCUAUGUAAAAUAACUUCUACUAUAUAUAAAUGAAAAGUUUCAGUUGUUGGCUUGCAGGCUGUAACAA